AAUUACUCUGUGGGGUAAUUGCGCCCGCCUCGGGUCCAGGACAACCGCUCUCCCCCCCCUCCACCCCGUCCCCCCAAAGCCAUCCUCAGUGCAAAGGAGCGCGCUCUCGCUCGGCAGCCUCCCUCCCCUCCCCCUUCCUCGGCUGUCCCUGGGACCUCCGGACAGCUCAGCCGGGUCCCCGGGUGCCUGCGGCGCUUGCCAGCAACUGAGAGUCCCGCCUGCGUCCCCUUUUUGCUCCCCAAGAGGCUACAAAGAGGCCAGCGUGGCCCCCCCGGAUCCCGGAGGGCGCGUUCCAGGCGGGUCCUCUCUCCGCAGUAAGCCGGGAGCGCUGGGGGGUGGUUCUUGCGCAUGCCAGGUGCACAGACUACGCGCUUGCCAGCCCCGGUGCCAGUGUGCUGCGGCGGGUCGGGCAGUGCCUGAAAAGCUGCGCCCUGGUCGCCCUCCCCGUCUUCGCUUCAAGUGCGGUCGGGACUCGGCCGAGCGCCGUCUGGCCCCCGCAGACGCCGCCCGACCCGCAGCCCUGCGCUGCUGCGGCCAGUUGCGCCCGGCUAACUUUGAAAGGGGAAAACUGAGUAGCCGGGCUGGAGGGAGGGGGCUCGGGGCCGCGCGGCGCUCCCUCGGCCCCCCGGAGCCCCCGGGCCCCCCGCGAGCCCCCACCGAGUCCACCGCAACCUCAGCAUUGGAGCCGGUGCGGGUGUCCCCCCCGCGCCGCCGGGCCGCCCUGGGCGGGACUCCUCCCGCGGCCUCCUGGGCCACGGGGCGCGCGCAACAGGCGGCCCGAGGCGGCGGGAAGCUGGAGCGCCGGCGGCGUCGGCCUCGGAGGGGUGUGGAGAGGCGAGGCCAGGCAGAGCCCCGCGCAGCCAUGGAGUCGCUCCUGCUGCCGGUGUUGCUGCUGUUGGCCGUUUUGUGGACGCAGGCGGCUGCCCUCAUUAACCUCAAGUACUCGGUGGAAGAGGAGCAGCGCGCUGGGACGGUAAUAGCCAACGUAGCCAAGGACGCGCGGGAGGCGGGCUUCGCGUUGGACCCCAGGCAGGCUUCGGCCUUCCGCGUGGUGUCCAACUCGGCUCCGCACCUGGUGGAUAUCAACCCCAGCUCCGGCCUGCUGAUCACUAAGCAAAAGAUUGACCGAGACCUGCUGUGCCGCCAGAGUCCUAAGUGCAUCAUCUCGCUCGAGGUCAUGUCCAGUUCAAUGGAGAUCUGUGUGAUUAAGGUGGAGAUCAAGGACUUGAACGACAACGCCCCCAGCUUCCCAGCCGCACAGAUCGAGUUGGAGAUCUCGGAGGCAGCCAGCCCCGGCACGCGCAUCCCGUUGGACAGCGCCUACGAUCCAGACUCAGGCAGUUUUGGCGUACAGACGUAUGAGCUCACCCCUAACGAGCUGUUCGGCCUGGAAAUCAAGACGCGCGGCGACGGUUCCCGCUUUGCUGAAUUGGUGGUGGAGAAGAGCCUGGACCGGGAGACACAGUCGCACUAUAGCUUUCGCAUCACUGCCCUCGACGGCGGCGACCCGCCGCACCUGGGCACUGUUGGCCUCAGCAUCAAGGUGACCGACUCCAAUGACAACAACCCAGUGUUCGGCGAGUCCACCUAUGCGGUGAGUGUGCCCGAGAACUCACCCCCGAACACACCUGUCAUUCGCCUCAACGCUAGCGACCCAGACGAGGGCACCAACGGCCAGGUAGUGUACUCCUUCUAUGGCUACGUUAACGACCGCACACGUGAGCUUUUCCAGAUUGACCCACACAGCGGUCUGGUCACUGUCACUGGUGCCCUAGACUAUGAAGAAGGCCACGUGUAUGAACUGGACGUGCAAGCCAAGGAUCUGGGGCCCAACUCCAUCCCAGCACACUGCAAAGUCACCGUCAGCGUGCUGGACACCAAUGACAACCCGCCGGUCAUCAACCUUCUGUCGGUCAACAGCGAGCUCGUGGAGGUGAGCGAGAGCGCCCCCCCGGGCUAUGUGAUUGCCCUGGUGCGGGUGUCUGAUCGCGACUCUGGCCUCAAUGGACGCGUGCAGUGCCGUUUGUUGGGCAAUGUGCCCUUUCGGCUGCAGGAAUACGAGAGUUUCUCCACUAUCCUGGUGGACGGACGGCUGGAUCGCGAGCAACAUGAUCAGUAUAAUCUCACGAUUCAGGCCCGUGAUGGCGGCGUGCCCAUGCUGCAGAGUGCCAAGUCCUUUACCGUUCGCAUCACUGACGAGAACGACAACCAUCCCCACUUCUCCAAGCCCUACUACCAAGUCAUCGUGCAGGAGAACAACACGCCCGGCGCUUAUCUGCUCUCUGUGUCAGCUCGAGACCCUGACCUGGGUCUUAAUGGCAGUGUCUCCUACCAGAUUGUGCCGUCGCAGGUGCGGGACAUGCCUGUCUUCACCUACGUCUCCAUUAACCCCAACUCGGGUGAUAUCUAUGCACUGCGAUCCUUUAACCACGAGCAGACCAAGGCAUUCGAAUUCAAGGUGCUGGCCAAAGACGGUGGCCUGCCCUCACUUCAGAGCAAUGCCACAGUACGGGUCAUUAUUCUCGACGUCAAUGACAAUACCCCGGUCAUCACAGCCCCGCCCCUGAUCAAUGGCACUGCCGAGGUCUACAUCCCGCGAAACUCUGGCAUAGGCUACCUGGUGACCGUUGUCAAAGCAGACGACUAUGACGAGGGCGAAAAUGGCCGAGUCACCUAUGACAUGACUGAGGGUGACCGUGGCUUCUUUGAAAUAGACCAAAUCAAUGGUGAAGUCAGAACCACUCGCACCUUCAACGAGAACUCCAAAGCUUCCUAUGAGCUUAUCGUGGUGGCCCACGACCAUGGCAAGACAUCUCUGUCUGCCUCUGCACUAGUCCUUAUCUACUUGUCACCUGCUCUGGAUGCCCAAGAGUCAAUGGGCUCUGUGAACCUGUCACUGAUUUUCAUUAUAGCCCUGGGCUCCAUUGCUGGCAUCCUCUUUGUCACUAUGAUCUUCGUGGCAAUCAAGUGCAAGCGAGACAACAAAGAGAUCCGGACCUACAACUGCAGUAAUUGUUUAACCAUCACUUGUCUCCUCGGCUGUUUUAUAAAAGGACAAAACAGCAAGUGUCUGCAUUGCAUCUCAGUUUCUCCCAUUAGCGAGGAGCAAGACAAAAAGGCAGAGGAGAAAGUGAGCCUAAGGGGAAAGAGAAUCGCUGAGUACUCCUAUGGGCAUCAAAAGAAAUCAAGCAAGAAGAAAAAAAUCAGUAAGAAUGACAUCCGCCUGGUACCCCGGGAUGUGGAGGAGACAGACAAGAUGAACGUUGUCAGUUGUUCCUCCCUGACCUCCUCCCUCAACUAUUUCGACUACCACCAGCAGACGCUGCCCCUGGGCUGCCGCCGCUCUGAGAGCACUUUCCUGAACGUGGAGAACCAGAAUACCCGCAAUACCAGCGCUAACCACAUCUACCAUCACUCUUUCAACAGCCAGGGCCCCCAGCAGCCAGACCUGAUCAUCAAUGGCGUGCCUCUGCCCGAGACUGAAAACUAUUCUUUUGACUCCAACUACGUGAACAGCCGAGCCCAUUUAAUCAAAAGCAGCUCAACCUUCAAGGACUUAGAGGGCAACAGCCUGAAGGAUAGUGGACAUGAGGAGAGUGACCAGACUGACAGUGAACAUGAUGUCCAGCGGAGCCUGUAUUGUGAUACUGCUGUCAACGAUGUGCUGAACACCAGUGUGACUUCCAUGGGAUCUCAGAUGCCUGACCAUGAUCAGAAUGAAGGAUUUCACUGCAGAGAAGAAUGUCGAAUUCUUGGCCACUCUGACCGGUGCUGGAUGCCCCGGAACCCCAUGCCAACCCGCUCCAAGUCCCCUGAGCAUGUGAGGAACAUCAUUGCGCUGUCCAUCGAGGCUACUGCUGCUGAUGUUGAGGCUUAUGAUGACUGCGGCCCAACCAAACGGACCUUUGCAACCUUUGGGAAAGAUGUCAGUGAUCACCCGACUGAGGAGAGGCCCACCGUGAAAGGCAAGAGGACUGUUGAUGUGACCAUCUGCAGCCCCAAGGUCAAUGGCGCUAUCCGGGAGGCGGGCAAUGGUUGUGAGGCUAUUAGCCCCAUCACCUCCCCUCUCCACCUCAAAAGCCCUCUGCCUACUAAGCCUUCUGUGUCUUACACCAUUGCUCUGGCUCCCCAGGCCCGUGAUCUGGAGCAGUAUGUCAACAAUGCCAACAAUGGCCCUUCUCGUCCCUCUGAAGCUGAGCCCCGUGGAGCUGACAGUGAGAAAGUCAUACAUGAGGUCAACCCCAUUCUGAAGGAGGGUCGUGACAAAGAGUCACCUGGCGUGAAGCGUCUGAAGGAUAUCGUUCUGUAAAUCAGUCUUGGGCAAGAAGACUGGCUAGUAAAGCAGGAGCUGCUCCUGUUAAUUGCUCAGCAAUGGUUGGUUCUUGAGUGGCUGUGUUUCGGGGCUUUCUCUAAAUGAAUUGUUCAUAAAAGACUUUCAUUCUGCGACAAUCCCUCUUGUUUCAACAGGCAGUAGGGGUGUUCAAUUGGAGCAAAUAAUCAUGGGGCCUUGAUGUUGGGGAAACAGACAAAUUAGAUUGUGAGAAGUAUUAUGUACUAAGUGUUUGAAUUGAUAUAUUUUUCUAUGUCAAAAUUAUAAAUUACCAUUGUUUGUGGAGGAUCACAUUAAAAGAAACAAAAAGUGAAAAAAAAAAUAAAAGUUCUGGACAACUUUAGUAAGCUCACCACUGUUUUUUUGUAGUGUAGACAAGUUAACAGUCAUUUAUUGUGUAUUAUUCAUUGAUUCAGUGAUGUGAAAUUGAGCCCCUAAAAGGUUGUCUUUGAAGCUCCAGUACUUUCCAAUGCCGCUACUUUGCUGUGGACACCCCUGCUUUAAGAACCCUUUUGCUAGCUGUGCUAUUGUUGUAUUUGAUAUUGCAAAUUGCUAUGUGUGUGGUAAUGGCAAAAGGCGUUUAAAGGUUGGUGUUUUUUCUUAAAAAAAAAAAAAAAACCUCAAACAAAAAAUUAAGUGCAAGCAACUGAGACAGCAAAUGAAUGAGCAAUACCACACAUAUAGAUUGAGUACUUGGAGAAUACUCAUGUUUUUUAACCCAUGGAGUGAUUGCUCACCACCUUGCAAAGUAUUUUUCCUGCCUUUCAGUCUUUUGCCCAGGUCUGUGAUAGAUCAUUGCAGAAAGUAAUUUUUGGAUAUGCUGCUAUCUAAUUUGCAGUUGUCAGAAAUACUGUGGUGAAACUUUUAUGAGAUUCAUUUUCUUUGUAAUGUUCAGGGCCUGAACAGGAAAGUUGUUCCUGAAGCUAUCAUUUUCCGGGCUUAGAAAUUCCCUGUCUCCAGUCAUCUAAAACUCAAAAUGACUGGAUCUAUUUUGAGAUCUACAUUAGCAUCUCUUCAGACACAUAUUUCCUGAUUCAGUGUUUCCCAAUCAUGAUUGGAAUUUUACCAUAAAGCACGUCAUGGGCUGGAAUUGAGAGAACUCCAUGUUGCUCUGUAUCUCAGUCUUAGAAAUAACCAACAGAGUAAGCAGUACAAAGUGUACAUUUAGGAAAAGACAGGUAACAGAUAACGAGCAACGGCAUCACAAAUUCAAUUCCCGUGCCUUCUAAAUGGAGACACUCAGACACUUGAACUCGUCUUUUUAUGACUAGUACUUUUUUGAUUAAAAAUGUGAACAGGACACUCUUAAAAUAAAAACUCUUUAGUUUUAGUUAACUCUUUGCUGUAGGCUAGGACUAUAACAUUUUUUAAUUAACAAACUGCACAUUCUUUUUGAUUUGUUUUAACAUCCCUCUAACUUCCCCAUUUGUUUGUCUAUUAAUAUUUACUAGCCAACAUAGGAUUCUUCCAGCCUAAGAGUUCGUUAUUUAAAAUAAACUAAACAAAUAUGUCACCUUUGCUCUGCCUUGGUCAUAAACAAGUUGUUUCUAGAGAAACAAAGUUUUGUGGUUGUGUUCUCAUUUGUUUCAGUUUUUGAAAUUCAACAACAUCCAGAAAACAUGACCUAGGAAUUAGAGCACCAGAAUGUGAAAGAGGAUUUAUUUUCUUAUGUUUAGGUCAAUAGUUAUUUCUUCUGAAGGUUUUUAGUUAUUUUUAUUGAGUUCCUAGCUUUAUACAUUACUAGAAAAAUUUUCGUUUAUGGGAAGGGGAAAGGUUUUGAGUGGGGGUGGGUGGGUGGGAGAGACAGGAGGGAUGGGGUUAGAUAGGGGAGAAUAUUUCUGAAAAAGAACCUAUAGUAAAGCUACAAAUCCAUCCUUAUUUCUUAUUCCGUGCUGAAUACUACCUCAUGCAAAAGCAUUGUUGUGGCUGGAACUUGCCCUCUGCAACUGACACAAUUAGAAAUCUUCAUUUUUGCUUGAUUUCAUUCUCAUACGUUUUUUUACUUCUCUAAUCCGUUUAGUUUUGGUAGAAGAUUUUGCAUUAGAUAUUUAUUUCUAUCUGCAAGUGACUAUGUGUUUAACAUAUUAAAGCUUAAAAAUCUUUUCCUUUAUGAUGGCUGCCUUUAGAUUUUAGACUGUUCCUCACCUUGAUCCAUCCUGAUAGUGUGUUGUUAGCUACCAACUGAAGGUCAUUCAAGUCAGAUUUGACAGUUUUCUACAGGUGUACUUCUUACUAUGCUCAGUGGAGACAAGGAGCUGAAAAGAUUGUGGAAAGUUAGGCAGCUGUUGAGUCAGAGAGGCCACUGGCUGCCAUGUCUCUUACCAGCCAAGUUUAAAAUGGUUACAGUAGUAAUGACAUUGGUUUGGCUUUCUUCUUGGGCUUUAUUUCCUUCAGUUAUUUUUUUCGAAAUUGAGUUUGACUCUCUAGAUCCAUUUUUUCCUCUUGUCUAAAUGCUUUGAUCUCAGUGGGCAGUCAGGGAUUUUUUUUUUUUUGCUUCCAAACCCUUUACUGAGAAAGUUCAGAUAGUUUUUCACAUUAAGAAAAUCUUUUUCUUCAAUUGUUUGACAUAUGUGCCCUCCAAGAAGCACAAGUGUAUCUGAGGAAGGCUUUGUAAACUGGUUUUAUAGGCAGAGUGUGCCUGGAAGUAGAAGUUCCGUGCAA